GCGGCUCCGGCUCCGGCUCCGGCUCCGGCUCCGGCUCCGGCUCCGGCUCCGGCUCCGGCUCCGGCUCCGGCUCCGGCCGGGGUUUGCUCCGGUCGCCAUAGCCGUGGGCGGGACGGGAUCGGACUGUGCGGCGGUGAGCCCUGCUUGGUAUGUAGCUGGUUCUGAUGGGCCUGCUGUGGCUAUCCUGGUGUGAUCAGCCGUGGAUCUGACCUUCUGCAGUCAAGGCUUAACAGCAUCCCUUGGGAAGCCCGGCCGGGAGGCGCUGGCGGAGGUGGCCAUGUUUCCCAGCACCAGGAAGUGAGGGAGCAUUGCUCAAGCCCGGCAGCUAUGGCAGCCGACGAGAGAGACUACAAUCUGACAGAGGAGCAGAAGGCUAUCAAAGCCAAAUACCCGCCACUCAAUAAGAAAUACGAAUAUUUGGAUCACACAGCAGAUGUGCAGCUACACGCCUGGGGAGACACUUUGGAGGAAGCAUUUGAGCAGUGCGUCAUGGCCAUGUUUGGCUACAUGACUGAUACAGAGACGGUGGAACCUGUGGAUACAGUGGAGGUAGAGGCAGAAGGACAUGACAUGUUGUCUCUUCUUUUCCACUUCUUGGAUGAGUGGCUGUAUAAAUUCAGCGCUAAUGAGUUCUUUAUACCCAGGGAGGUGAAAGUGCUUUACAUCGACCGAAUGCAAUUCAAAAUAAGAUCCAUUGGGUGGGGAGAAGAGUUCUCUUUACCCAAACACCCUCAGGGUACAGAGGUCAAAGCCAUAACUUACUCGGCAAUGCAGAUCUGUGAAGACGAAAAGCCAGAAGUCUUUGUCAUCAUAGAUAUUUAAAGCAAGAGAAGUGUGGUCAAGUGGAUACUGGUCAUUGGCUGGCAAAAGUUCCUUGAAAACUGCAAUCCCCGUGGAAAUAACUAAGGAAUUGGCCGAUUCAAGUCAUAAAUUGAAGGAAAUAGUUGCAGGAGGUGUCAGCCUGUGUUUUGACUUGAGGAUGGUGAGGCAGAGAAACACCUGCAUGCUAGGAAAAAGAGAACUAGUUGGGUUUUGGGGGUGUUGAGAAGAAAAAAAGAGAGUUUCAGGGGUUGAAAGUCUCUCAGGAAUGCUGGCAGUCAGUUUUUAAGGCUGAUACAUGUGUUGGGUGCUUUAUGAACUAAAUAGAGAAACUAGUGGGGCUGCUGUCUAAAAUCUUUUUUAGGGUGGCAGGAGAUAAUGCUCAUCUACGUGGUAUCAUUUGCAGAUUUAAGUGCUCUAAUUCAGAGGUGACAUCUCUCCAUCAUAUCAUAUAAAAGGUCCAAAAUAUCUGCAGUGGGUCUGAUUUAAUGUCGAAAAAAUUCUUACUGUUCAAAGCACACCUAAGAAAGUAUACCAAUUGAAAAAAACCAAACCACCACAUGGUCUAGACUACUUUUAGGAAAAAAAAAACCGUCAUGCCAGCAGGUGGUGCUGAAUCGCUGUAAAUAAAUUUCCAUGUGAAAUCCUAAAGCAUGUGAUCCUGUACACGGAAUCCUGAUAGCACCUAUAAUCACUCUAAAAAGCAGGCGGCUUUGCUGCUGCCGGAGAAAGGGAUGGACCAGACUCUGCGGGUUCACUCCCAACUCUCUCACGAAAGCCAAUUCUCUUCUUUGAAAAAGGAGACGAUUUGAAUCAGCUUCCAUGUCUUCAUUUAGAAAGGACAAUAUGGACAAUUUUUUGAUGUCAAAGGAUUAUGGAUUUGAGUUCACUGAAUCAAAGUCAAUCAAAAAUAAUAGAAGUGUGUUUUGUUUUAAAUUGCAGGACAGCAAAUGCCUGUUACCCGCUAUUGCUGUUUAACUGAGAGGACACAGUGCGUGAGGGGCGGUGGGUGCUGGCAUGACCCCCUUUUUUUAGUGUAAAUGCUGCAAGCGCCUCAUUUCUGGAGGUGGUGCCUCAUUUUUGUUUUGUUGUAAAGUCAUCUUAAAUAAAUCUGGUUUUAUUUCCAUGUUGUGAAGAUUGAGGGAUAAAAUCCCUUUUAUUUUUUGAGAAAGCUUCAACACUGAAAUAAAACUUGCAAGUGAUGAAAGAUUUAA